AUGUCCUCAGAAGUAUCUUCCUCCCUUGGCAAAAGAAAGCGGGCAAGGCAAGCUGCUCGUCCCUGCGAUGCCUGCCGACAGCGCAAGACUCGAUGUAUCAUGGAAGAUGGCCCUAUGUGUACCGUCUGCCAGUUUCGAGAUUCUUCCUACACCUUUGACGCAGCCCUUCCCGAGCGGAAGACAUAUACCAAAAUACCAGAUAUAGGUCGGGUGGCUACGAAUGAAGGUUCUGUCCUCGCCUAUCCCCCCUCUAGUACGAGCCCAUCAUAUGCUCGUUCCCAUCGCUCAUUGAACGGCGUGGAAACUGAGCAAUUGCUGGACAAGACGUACCAAGCUCAAGCCGAUAUUGACGCUCUACAACUCGACCUUCAUCUCGAGGCUGAACUUAACUCUCAAAGCUCGUGGUUAGACCUCGUUCGGGAUCCUGUGGAGCGAAGGAAAUUAGUGUACUCCGCCGGCGCACUCACUGCUCAGCAGAUCAACGGCAUUCAAUGGUUCUAUUACUUCGGAACAGUAUUCUCCAAGGCUAUUGGGUUUAGCGAUCCAUUUCUCCUGACACUCAUUGUGUUCAUCAUCCAGGUCGUCGUCGUGUUUGCUGCGGUUCUCUUCGGAUGCUUAGGUAUUCCACGAGGCGAGGUCUCGCCAACGUUUGACAAGGUCAUCAUCAGCUUCGUCAUUAUCGAGAUCACGGUUUUCAAUUUUGCUUGGGGUCCUUUGGGCUGGACCAUUGCUUCUGAGAUGGCUGUUGGCCGAAACCGGAACAAGAUAUACGCUAUCGCCGUUGCAUGCUUCUGGAUAACUGUCUGGGUUACAGUAUUCACGCUUCCAUACCUUUACUAUUCCGCAAACCUCGGUCCGAAGACUGGUUUCAUUUAUAUUGGACUUUACUUCGUCAGUCUGGCGUACGUCUGGUUCUGUGUCAGUGAGGUGACCGGGCGGACAAUGGAAGAGAUUAACGGCUUCUUCAUGGAUGGUAUUCCGGCACGGAAAUGGCGCGACCAACCUAGACUAGAUGCGGCUCCACGAUCGCACAUGAGCGACCACGUUGAUGUUUGGGACGUUAAAGUCGACGAAAAGAGUAUUGGGACAAAAUAA